GUAGCCUCUGCGGCGGCCGCCAGUAAAGGCAAGCAGCCGGAGGGGAGCUGUGCGAGGAAGAUGGCGCCGACGCGACGCCUCUCGGGGUUCUCGGUGCCUUGGCUGCUCCUCCUCGCCGGGGCUCUGGCGCUGGGGCGCAGCGAGGCGCUGGGCGCGCUCAACCUCCACGAGCUCAGCGAGCUGAAGUACGGCAUUGAAAUCGGCGCCGAGCCCGUGAUGGCCGGGCAGAGCCUUUCGUCUGAUGUGGUGAGUAUCUCAUCCAAAUACAAGCAGAUGUACGAGUGUCGGCUACCUGCUGCCGCGGUGAAGAUCCACCAGGAGAAAGAGGAGCACCCACGGAGUUACAGUGGACUUGGGAUCUCAGAACUGCUUAAGCCCAUGGAAGUGGCUCCUUGCCUUAUCAAGACCAAGGACUGGUGGACGUACGAGUUCUGCUACGGGAAGCACAUCCAGCAAUACCACAUGGAAGAGUCUGAAAUCAAAGGUGACAUUCUGUACCUGGGGUACUACCAGUCCGCAUUUGACUGGGACAAUGAAACUGCCAAGGCUUCCAAACAGCACAAGCUGAAGCGUUACCACAGCCAGACAUAUGUCAACGGAUCCAAGUGCAACUUGAACGGGAAGCCUCGGGAGGCUGAAGUCAGGUUUCUGUGUGAGGAAGGGUCAGGUGACUACAUUGCCCGUGUGGAUGAGCCCCAGUCCUGCUCCUACGUGUUGACCAUCCACACCACCCGCAUCUGCCACCACCCAUUUCUGCGGCCACCGUCCACUGCCACCCCUCAGACCAUCCGCUGUCACCCGGCCCUGAGCCCUGCAGAAUAUGUGGAAUAUGUCAAGGCCCAAGUGUCUGACACAAAGCGCAAAGUGGAGGAGAUCUCUGAAGAGCUGAAGACUCUAGACACACGACUGUGGAAUGAGCGAGACCCCAACUCUGCCGUUCAGGAUUCAGAUGGCAAUGUGACCCCAGAGCCUGUUCCAACGGCUUCUCCUCCUGAAAGCGACCCAGCUGAUGACUCUGAUUUCUGGGAGAGAGCGCUGCGGGGAGAUGAGAAGAGUGCCCAGGUGCCAGACCAAACCAAGGAGGAAGAGCCAAUCAUGAAGACAGCAGACAGUCACCUAGCAGAUUUCAAGAGAAAAAUCCACUUCAAAGUUAUCAAGAAUCCUGGCGACCUGGUGCAGUUUAUUCGUGACUUGAAGGAGAAUGCCAGGAAGGACAAAGAGAUGGUGAGAGAAUCAGAGGAAGCAUCUCAAGAAACUCCACCCAAAAGUGAGCCAUCGUUAGGGACAGAGCCAUCUGAAGAAGGGGCCCAGGAGGAUGAGAAGGAUGAGGAAGACCUGCUGGGGAAGUUUGAGAAGGAACUGGAAGACAUCCUGCUGCCUAAGUCUGAAAUGGCCAAGCUGAAGGAGGAGGUAAAAUCUGAGAUGGAAAAGGAGUUCGAUCACAUCAUUGAUGAGGUGGAGGAUGAGUUGGAAACAGAAGGCCUGAAAGGUGAGUUUGAUCGAAAGCAAGCCUCCAAGUCUUUGGCUUCUACCCUCAACAAGCUUAUUGACAAGCUGGAUCCUGGCAAAGACUCGAAUAAAGGAGAUAAGGAGCAGGAGCCACAGCCAGGGGAGGAAGAAGAGGUAGCAGCAGAUGGGGAAGAUACUGCUGAAGAAGACGUAGCCAAACCAACAACUGAUGGCGACCCAGACGGGCGCGUGAAAGUCAGGGUCACUAAAGUAAAGCCAGGCAGCGCUCAGCAGAAGCUGCUGCGAGUCCAAGAGAUGAGCAGGGACAACCCACAGCUGCGCCACAUAGAGAGUGUGGUUAAGGACCUGUUGGAGAAGGAAGGCCUGAAGGCAGAAGGUAAAAUUGAAAUCAAGAUUGUGACCACGGGUGGCCUGGGCGACGAUGAUGAUACCCAUUGGCUGUCAGAAGAGGACACCAAAAAUCUCAAGGACAUCUUCUUCAAUAUUCUGAUCCAGGGUACAGAAGAAGCUCACAAAGAGCAGCGGAGGCAGCGUCAGCUGGAAGACAACUACCGUUUUGUGUGGGGGCGCAGGCAGGAUGAAUUGCCAGCUGCUGGCAGCGCUGAUUCAGAUGAACUGGAUUUCUGAACCUCAACAAGCAUUGGAACUUGGUCACCUGUGGCUUUCCUCCCUGCAAGACUUAUUGGGCACCGUUUCAGUUGCUCGCCAGGAAAAACAGCGUGUUUCAGUAGUGACCAGAAUCCCAUUAGAAUUGCCUACAAAGUGGCUGGCAAGUGUGAGGGGCCUCUCUUGCCCAUAAGGUGCAAACUUGUCUUCGUUGGACUCAUUGCCAUCUCAUGAGGUUCUCUCUCUCUCUCUCUCUCUCUCUCUCUCUCUCUCUCUCUCUCUCUCUCUCUCUCUCUCUCUCUCUCUCUCUCCUUCUCUCCCUCCUUCCCACCCCCUCUCUCUCUCUCUCAAGUACCCUCAGGCAUGUCCCCACCAUAGCCUAAAAGGCUUCCAUAACCUGCCUCACACGGCCAUGGCAGCCUUGGUGCCAAAUCUGUGGUGCCCUCCCCUGCCAAGCUGUUGGCUUUAACCCUCACAGUCUCAUGCCAGCUGUGCUUGGCACCAGGGGCAACAAAAACCAGGCCACCCACUUGACUCAUUGGGAGCUUUGUGCAGCCAAGAGUCUCUUGACCUGAUGCUGCUUUCAGGUGUGCAGCUCUGGGUGGAAACAGGCCUUUGGCUCAACGCAACAUGGAGUGGAGAGCUGGAACUCAUUCACCACCCACCCCACUUUCCCAAACCCCUGGGCUUAUGCAGAUGGCUGCCUCUCACCUGUGUGCCUUGAACCUGGAGGAGGGUGGCGAGGGAAAGGACACGCUUUCCCUGUCCUGUCUUGGCCUCUUCCCAGAAGUCUGUUGGGGAGGGAAGGUUUGCAUGAAGCAAGUUCAAGUCUGCUCUGUCGUUUACAGGUCGUUCCUCUACUAUUUUUCACUUGCAUAGCACCAAGCCAUUGUGCAAGGUCUGCAGCCUUGGCCUGGAGAGAAUGCAAAAUAGUGGUUGGUUGGGAGAAUAUUGCAAACUGUUCUCUCUGCCGGCAUUGUUUCACAUAUACUAAGGCCCUCGACAUGGGAGUAUGUGAACUGUGCUGAAACACAGCUUCUUAUGGCAAAGGCUGGCUGUUACUUCUGUGAAGUCUCAAGCCACAAGCCUGGCUGAAAUCUCUUGCAGCGAGACAAGCUUUUCGCUUACAUGAUGGGUGACUGGAGGUGAGGAGUCCCUGGCCAAGAAAGGAGAGAGGCUGGAAGAAUCAGGUUGCCUGCCUGGCCUUGGCACAUACAGGAUGAUUCAGCUCUCUUUCUUCCUAUCAAUAAACCAGAUCAACCCAGAAUCCUAGAUUCUAUGUUUUGCUGUGUGUGUGUGUGUGUGUG